AUCAGGAAGUUGCUUCUCAUAACAGAAGAAAAAAUUUUCUUGACCAUGGUGGACGCAAUUAUCAAGAGAUACAUUGCACUGAUAUCGACAGCCAUAUUACUAAGGCACAAGGGACUUGCACAAGCUCAAAUCUGUUCGGAAUCAAUAGCUACACCGCAUGUUGUUCAGAAAUGUCCAAUGAACAGAGAGGAAUGGGAGAGGGCAUCCCAAAAGAAAAAAUGUUCAGAAAUACAGAAGUAUGAUAACUGCAGAAAUGUGGAGUACCAUUGUUUGGUGAAUGAAUUCAGAAAUGAAACUAUUGAGGUAUGCACGGAUCCCUGGUAUCUACAAGGUUAUUGCCCAAUUUAUUUAGAAAAUGGAGGAAAAAAUGACUAUACCAAAAUGUGUAUGAACAAUGCAUAUCCUUGCAAUUGUUCCAAUCAAUAUCGUUCAACAGAAGCAUACAAAUGGCAAUGCUGUUUUAAUGUAAAGAAUGUUUCCUCAGGAAAGUGGAAUAUCACUGUCACUGAUUCAGACAAAUACAGCAACUUGAACACUUUAAUUGUGGCAGUAUGGAUGCUUCUACCAAUAAUACUAUUGUUAAUGCUUCUGUGCGCUUUUGGAUUCGUGUAUCAAAGGAGACUAGACUGUAGAGGAAAGCCUGAAGAAAAAAAUCAAGAAGAUAAUUUUGGAAAAAUAGUCAGAGAUUUAGUAAAAAGUUUGGACAACCUAAAGAAAGUAAUGGACCAAAUUAUUGGAAAUGACAUUUUUGAUUUGGAAUAUAAACUCAGAAGUACGGAGAUGAAACUCGACAACAUGUACAAAAAACUGUUCGGAAGCACUGGAAAACCAGAACCACCUUUGACCAAAGCUAGCGCACUAGAAGCAAGAGUUACAAAAACCAGUACCAUUAUUAAACAAAUGCUUCAGAAGCUAAGAGAUCUAAAUUUGGAUUUCAUUGAUGAUGACUUGAAACACCAUGUGUCAAAAAGACCCGACAGCCAUGAUAUACACAUUACAGAACCCAACGAUGUUACAGAAGGAGUUGCAGCCGAAUUUUAUAAUAAAACGACAUCCAACAAACCGUUAGAGUUUUCGACUGAAGAAAAUGGCGACUACAAAUAUGGUGAUAGCAGUUUGUGCCACAUGAUGCCCGAUGGUGAGAACAACCAAAAUAAAGAGGAAGAUUGCAUUCAGAUGUCAGUUUCUCAACAGACCAGGCUGUCCGAAAAAAUUAUGCCUGACAAUACCAGUGGUUACUUUUUAACAGAUGAAUGCGGACCGUUGUUUGAAAAGAAGACAUUACGAGAGAAGAUGGAAUAUCUUAGAGAUAAUACUGACAAACUGAUGGAAAAUUUUAAAAAAGUGAGAGACGCCUAUUACGAAAAAGAUAAACCUGGAAAUUUGCAUACCCUUGAUGACCAAUUAACAGAUACUGAAGCUGACGUUGACGUUCUGGCAGAUGUCUAUGGAUUUAAUGAGAUUCAAGGGUCACGAUCUGGAAAAUGUUUGGAGGAAAAUUUAGAGGAGAUGAAUUCAUUAUUUGAAAAGUUAUCGGAGAAGUUUGAACAAAUGGAGAGGAAAGUAGGAAAACCAUGAAAGUACAAAUGUUUCAAUUUUGUGAAAGUUUAUGCACUCUUAUCUUUUAUUGGAUGUAAAAUCUGCCAAAAAGUGUUACAUACUUGAAAGUGUAAAAUUGGUUUGAAUAAGCAACGUGCGAUGUGAUUUGUCUUCAAUGCUUCUUACUUUAUCUGGGAUAUUAAAAGUUAAUUAUGUACAUAGUUCGUAGAAAUUUUAACAAAUGUGCAUUGUGCAUUUACUUUGAAACAUUCUGCAGCAACGUUCAUCACAUUCCUCAAUUAUGAUAUAUUUGCAAUCACAAUGCAAUGCUUGAACAGAAGAUCUAGAAAUAUUGGUAAUUUUUGUAAUACAAUCUUAUGAUGAAAUUUCCAAAUUGAAUCUUUAAUGAUGAUUACGUUAUCCUGUUUUAUAUCAAUUGAAUAAAAUCAUGCGUUUUUCUAUAAGUUUUUAGCAUUUAUUAAAUAUUGUCCUCUACAUUUGACUUUCUGUUACUUACGCUCUCUUGAGCAAUGAAACACUCAUUUACUGGAUCCGCAAUACUUUAAAAAAAAUAUUCGAGAAAAGAAUUUUGCAGUACAUUGUGAAUUAUAACAUAAUUGUUCUCCGGUUUUCCAUGCAUUGAAAAUACACGUAGGUUCAUUAUAAAAAUAUCUGUGAAUUGUGAUGGAAAUAUGCAUAUCAAAUGACACGUAUAUUGUACUACAUUUGAAUGUGAAAAUCCGGUAUAUAUAUAAUUUCCUAAUUAAACAAAUGUGUGAUUGACAGCUGUAGACACUGCGGUGACCCUCCUACAAUUUAUAAAAUGCAAUAUUAUUGGUGGUUAUUAUUUCAACCUGAUUUUUUUUAAAUUGAGCAUAGCGAUUUCUUUUACAAGCGAAACGAUUGCAUUCUUGGUUAAUUUCAAAUAUAUUUCUUUACUUGCUCGAUAAGCAUAAUUUGUGUUCAAACACUUGUUUAUAGUAUGCACAUCAUGACAAUAAGAAAUGUAAAAUACAUUUAGAGAAAUUAAUGUUUUAAUUUGUUAUAAGUAUUUGAAAUCAUUUUAUAGAGAUAAAAGACAAAGCACAUUGGUAUUGCAAGAAAUUGAAUUUUUUUUAAUGCAAUGUAGGUGUUAGACAAGGAGAAAACCUUUCCCCUUUCUUAUUUUCUUUGUACAUUAAUGGCUUAGAAAACUUUCUUUUGGAAAAAAAUAUUGUUGGUUUACAAAGCAUUAGUAAUGAAAACGAGUUAUCUUUACAUUUGAAACUACUUAUUUUACUUUACGCUGACGAUACCGUCAUAAUGGCAGAAUCGACAGAAGACCUCCAAAACGCCCUCAACAAAUUUUAUAGUUAUUGUACUCAGUGGAAACUUAAAGUCAAUGUUAAUAAAACAAAAAUAAUGGUUUUCUCCAAAGGUCCAACAUCUUUUAUUUUUAUUAUAAAGGAGAAGUUAUUGAAAAUGUUAAAGAAUUCAAAUACCUGGGUAUCGUUCUGUCAAGAACUGGUUCAUUUAUUAAAGCAAAAAAGCAUUUGUGUGAACAGGCUCAAAAGACUAUGUAUGGUGUUAUAAGAAAAAUUAGAUAUUUUAAUUUACCAGUAAAUUGUCAAUUUGAUUUGUUUGAUAAGGUUGUUUUACCAGUUUUAUUGUACGGCUGCGAAAUUUGGGGCUUUGAAAAUCUAGAUAUUAUUGAACGUGUACAUCUGAAAUUUUUGAAAACAGUACUUAAUUUAAGAAGCACAACACCGAAUUUUAUGAUAUAUGGAGAAACAGGGCG